CGGCGUGUGCAUCUUCAUCAUCACAGCAUAUUCCUCUUCAGCCAUUGUCUACCAUAUCUCAGUACCGUAUUACUUGUAAUAAUAUCAUCCACAAUGGCUAUCGCACCUGGUCAGCUCCCGGCUGAGCUCCUCAACCUUCUCGCGCUCCACUCGUCCUUCCUUACCGCGCUGUCACUGCACUACGCGCACAAUGGCACCUCCACGCCCGCCGACCUCAGAGAUCUUACAGCGUCUGUCACACUGGUCUGGAGACAACGCAAAGUCACCUACGACGACAUUCGACUCAUCAUGGGUGUCCUCAAUUACGGUCCCGAUGGCUCGAACAACCCCUACCACCUCUCGGACUACGGUCGCGGCAAGAUUGUUCUCGAGAUCAGAGAGAACAGUCCGAUGCUUGGUGGGAUGACAGGCGUCAACGAGCAGGCAUUGACGGACAUGUUCAAGGAGGGUCUGGACAGCUUGUGGUCGCAAUGGUGCAUCUCGCAGAAGAUGGCUACUCGCCCAGUCGCAACACCAAGGAGAGGACGAGGCCGACCGAAGAAGGCCGAUACCAAGCAAGUGCUUCUGGAGGCCUUCCUCGACGACACCUCCAUGUCCAAGUUCCUCGCUCAGCUCCCCCUCGUCGACAUCGAAACCUGCGCUUCGCUCAACGCCAUCGCACCGCUGCGAGAAAAAGGGCGCAAGAGAAUGAGGGAGUUCAAAGAGAGCGUACAGCAAGGCCGCACACAAAAGAAGAGGCAGGUUUCCGGCAAGGAGGAUGACCCAACCGUUUCUCAGACGACGGCAGCGCAGCCUGCACAAGCCAAAAUCACCCCGUUCGCAGCAGUCCGCAAGACCAACCUCCUCGACCGCAUUCUCGCCAAGCAGGAAGCAGCAAAAUGCGGAUCCACUGCCCCGACUGCCGCCGAGCUUCAACGAAGAGCUGCCCUCCAGCGAUCCGAAGAAGUUCUCGGUAUAUUGGCACUCCUUUGCGCUAGCCGUCCAGGAAUGCGCGUUUCUUUCUCCACCACGACGGUUUUGCAGCAACUACAGGGCUCGAUUCGAUCGCCUAUCUCGAAGGAGGAGGCGCUGAAGUGCAUUGAGGUUAUCUCACACGAGGUUGCGCCAGGCUAUGUUUCUAUGGUCAACAUGGGCGCUAUUUCUAGCGUUGUCGUUAUGCCUGCGAUGAGGCCUUUGGAUGUAAAGAGCCGUCUCAUUGCACUCGGUGCAUAGUUUGGAUAUUGUUGUUUGAUAUCGUCAGUGUUUUGUUUUGGAGCAUACUGCAUAGCCGGCCAUUGUUUAUUAUUGAUCAGCGUUCGGGCGCGUUGACACUGCGAUUGCAUAUCCGCAUUUCAGCACUAG